UUAACAGCCAAUAAAGUUCAAAUACAUUUGGGGGUAUUUCCCGAUUGUAAAUACUUUCAUGUAAACAUUGUUCAUUGAUUUUAAACUCUAGACGGCGAUUGGUCGGUAGAAAACUACUUGUAAAGGCGCCACACAUCGAACUCUUAAAUCACUUCAAAGUGUUGUCGCAUGAGACUGAAGUUAUUUCAUCCCAUGUUAUUCAAUGGCGUGUAUAUCCCUCCCACGAUUGAUAUGCCUGUGUCUGCUCCUGUUGCUUUGCGUUCUCGGUGAUGCCAACGUUUUCUACUGGCAGCCAGACGACAAAGGAUUGCUGGAUCUUUCAAAUGGAAAAUUUACCUCAGAAUAUAUUGACAACGCUACCUUCACUCCACAAAACACCAACACUUCCGCGGUGCUAGAACUUAAUCUGGCAAAUAACACAAUUAAACGCGUAGAUCCGAGCAGUUUUGUGCACCUCUUCAAUCUUCGAGUUUUGAGACUCGCAAGGAACGCGAUCUCGGAAUUGAGUAACGAGACAUUCGUUGCUCUCCGGAAGUUGGAAACGUUAGACGUCUCGCACAACCGGCUCAAGGAGCUGCUCGCCGGUCUGUUGAGCUUGCUGACGUUAAAAGAGGUGCACUUCAACAACAACAACAUCAGUUACGUGGAGCCGGGUAUCGUCGGUCAGAUCAACCAGGAGCUGAUCGCUUUUCAUUUGGAGCACAACGCGUUGACAUAUUUGGACCCAUGGAUGUACGAAACCUACUCGUCCAACAACCGCGAUGUUGAUCGAAAAUUCUACCUUGAGCAUAACCGUAUACGAACUUUGACCAACUUCAUGAACUGGACAUACAACCUCAAAUAUCCGUUUGAGGUAAUGGUCGAGCUUCAAUACAACGAAAUUCAGACGAUACAUUCUGAAACUGUCCUACAGUACAGGCCCAACACGACAACCUCGGAUUUUUCAAUAUAUGCAACGUUCUUGACGUUCUAUAUGAAUGUUUCCAACAACCCCUUCCACUGUGACUGCAAGUCAUUCGACAUGGCCAACAUUUUGCGCGGUACCUUUCUGCGGUACAAGGACGUGGAGAAGUACCGGUAUCGCUGCAGCUCUCCAUCGGAAUAUGGCGGCUGGGACUGGCUGCACGAUCUGCCUCUCGAUCGCCUAGUGUGCAGAAAAAACGGUAGCGACGGAUGUCCGACGGGAUGCUUGUGCGAGGACAGGCCGCACAACGAUACUUACUUUGUUAACUGUACCGGAGCGGGUCUCAUAGAGCUACCACAAAUCCCGACAAACAACGCGUCCAAAAUAGAACUGUUUCUUGAUGACAAUUUCAUCCAAACAUUGUCCAAUGUCUCCUACCUUGAACGUGUGUAUAAUAUUUCUCUAAGGAACAACCGUAUUAGUAUUCUGGAACCGGAAAUCUUAAAACAACUCGUCACAGCCAAAAAGGUUGACCUGAGAAACAACAAACUGAAAAGUGUCCCCAGAGAAAUAAAGAAAUUUGAGUCCGUUUCCAUAUCCGGAAAUCCUCUCGAGUGUGACUGCGACUCGAUGUGGCUUAAACAAUGGAUGGAAAUUGAUACGGCCAACGCCGACCCGUCGCUCAGCUGCGAGGCGCCCACUGGCUCACAGGUCGUCGUCAUGGAGAUGACCUUGAAAGCCCUAGGAUGCACUAACGACCUAAUAAUCAUGGUCGCAAGCAUUCUGGCGGUGGUGUUGGCGGUGUUAGUUAUCGGAAUCGUAUUUGCCGUGCGCUGUCCGUACGAGACGAAGGUUUUACUCUUUCGAUUACUAAGAGUCGACAUUUCCAAGAGAUAUGCAGUUGACAAAGCGAGAGAAAGAAACAUCGACGUUUAUCUAGUGUUCGACGAGACCGAUGCAGAUAUUACGGGCUAUAUUCAUCUCUUUAUACACAAACUCAAUAAGAAGAAGCCUAUCUACUCCGUGUUUAACCCAAAACGGUACAUGGAGCCCGGUUCUUGUACUGAUAACAUAAGUAAAAUGAUGGGCAAGUCAAAGAGAGUGGUGGUCCUUCUGUCGAAGUCAAUCUUUGACAAUUCCAUCUGUAUGGAAGAAAUCGAUGAUGGUGAACGCCGUAUUAUUGAAGCGGAAACUAUAAAUAAUGGCAAUAAAACUCGUGAUCAUAAUGAAGCAUUACAAGAGAUACCGGUGAAUGAAAACGAAUUCGACAUGGAAAACAUACAAGAAACCAAUGAUCGCCUUAGGAAUCAUCGUAAUGAAGAGGAAAGUCUAAAACAUGCACCAAAGGUUAUUUAUAUAAUCUACAAUAAAGACGAAAUCUUGGCUGAAAAGCUCAAGGAAGAGCCAUGGAAGACGCGACUGGAAGGCAAAACUGUGCUUCGCCCUGACCCUGAAGACCGGUUGUUCUGGUCCAAGCUUCGAUACGAGUUGCCGAGGAAGGGACAAGGAGAGUACAGACCACCGUUUGCUUCUGAAAACGUUACAGGGAACACACAGCCGCUCGCCUUGCGCGCAAGACCGCAGGUUAUUGCGCCAAUCAAUCGCACAAGCCCCACUCCCAACAUUUAUAACCUUCUUGCAAAACGAAUGGGUGCAACCGUUGCUGGUCCUUCUACACGAAUACACACCACGAGGGCGAGUGCUAUUAUUCCUACUAAUAUACGCGAUGUCAGAGCUCCCGCAUCGCGAUUGUGUGACAGUACAUUGUCAACCGGAAAUAUUACAAUUCUAGAUGCCGGGCCUAGCGAAACGUCGCCCUUCCGGCAUUUAAAUCAAACAAACUGUGCGAGCUCAACAGGCUCACCCGAUAUAAGCGGCCGGGACUCAUUACUGUUAGAUCGGGCCACUAAAAUAGAAUUUAGCCGACAUUUUCGAAAACAGCCUUUACUUCAAAAUUUAAAAUUUUGAAUUCAAAAGUAGAACAUUCUUUUGCAUAAGUAAGCCCGUCUGCUUUUUUUAUUGUGCAUGAAGUUUAAAGCCAUAUAUCGUAACGCGAGCGCCGACGGCGUUGAAAGUAUAUUGGCAAGAUAUUGGACAGUUUCUGCUUAAUUUAAUGUAAAAAAACAGUGGACGUAAUGAAAAUCUAAAAGGCUUUUGAAAAAGUAAAGUUUUAUUCGAAUAAGUACAAAGAAAUAAAACAAGAAGUGGUGAAAUAUUGCAAACCAUCCUAUAUCAAUCGGAAAAUCAGAAAAAAAAUGUACUAAAGGGUGCUUGGUAUUUUGCGAGCAAGUAAAUGGUGUUCAACUUAUUUCUGAUUGGCUAGACGUUUAUUUAUGCUCUUGUUUAAUAAACGUUAUCAUUAACGAGCCUGAACGGCUUUUUAUUCGGAAGCUAAGGUCAAAGUUAUUUCUUUGUUUUUCUUGUUUUUGUUUGUUACUAUUCAUUAUACUCUUACGAUCGCUUCACUUUCAUCUAAGCAGAAAUGAACAAUAUGUUGUUGUGUUGUUGGUGUUAUUAUAUUUACCGACUUUGUUACAUACGCAAAAUAUUACAAGCAUGAUGUAAUUUGGAGUACACGUUCUGACGUUUUUAAUCCUUAUUCAAAUAAUUUCAAAUAAUAUGCAACAUAAUUUGCAGAUCAAUAACAGAAUUUUGUAGAUUGACCCCAUCUCUUGUGACCCACAAAUCGGAAGGUAAAUGUUUGCCGUCACGAAGUUUAACGAUAUUACAGAACGAAAAAAAGAAACAAGACAAUUAUUGAUCCGUUAAAACUAUUUGACGUAACGUAAAAAACGUACCUCUUGAAUACAUUUAAAAAGAAUGUUAUCUCAAAAUCAAAUACGACGAGAUUCAGUUUGCUGAAAACACUUAACUGAGUACGCACAUAUUAAGAAAAAAUGUAGGAACAUUUAUUGGAAUGAUGGCAUGUAUGAAAGAAGUUGUGGAACUACGAUAAUUUACCCAAAAUAUCGUUUCCAUCCACGAUUCUAAGAGAGUUGUUAACAGAUUUUGAC